AUGUGUGCGGCGCUGUUGCAGGUGUGGUUCCAGAACCGGCGCGCCAAGUGGCGCAAGCAGGAGAAGGUGGGCCCCCAGGCGCACCCCUACUCGCCGCUGCAGGCGUACGGCGACGCGCCGCCACUCGGCCUGGACGUGCGCAGCUCCAGCAUCGCGGCGCUGCGCCUCAGGGCCCGCGAGCACGAGCUGCGCCUCGAGAUGCUGCGCAACGACGGCGACGUCGCCAGCUGA